UCCUCAAAGCUCUGUGAUACCUCCACCCAGCAGCAGCAGCAGCAGCAGCAGCACACACACACACACACACAAAGAUUCUGGUCUCCACUUUCACGGAUGCAUAAACUUCAGGUCAAGUCCCUUGUUGAUAUCCCUGAGUAAACUCAACAGUUUGCAACCUCUGGACUCCAGGUAACACCUGGCCGGAUCCUGUGCAUGGCCAUCAUCCUACUCAUGUCUUGGAAAAGACCCAGAGAAGAAACCUAAAGGCAAGGGACCGAGGAGGAGCAAACCAGAGGUGGUGACAGCCUUCGUGUGUGAGGAGCAAAUAUUUGGAACAGAAAAUGGUGGCUGUAGCGCUCCGUUCCGUCAGCGUACUCAUCUCUGUGAUCCAGCUGUGCCUCCUGCGUCUGGUCCACAGUGGGGCCUAUUAUGGACACAAACAGCCCCCUCAGCAGCAUCAGCCUUUGCCGCAGUACAAUGAUGGUUUUCCUCAACAACAGUUUUUGGGGAAUGAGAUGCCACACCUGCCUUUUGGCAAAGAAACACCAGUGCUGCCUCAGUAUGGAAAAGAGCUUCCUCAGCUGCCUUUGCAAAUGGGCAAAGAGAGGCCGCUGCUUGAAGGCAAAGGACAGACAUUUCCCAGAGGGGCUAAAGGUCCACCUCCCCCUGGUCCUGGUGGAGAAGGUCUCAGAGAAGGACCUCAAGGAAUUCAGGGCCCCCCAGGACCAUCAGGACCACCAGGACCACAAGGCCCCCCUGGCCUGCCAGGCCAAGGACUGCCAGGAUUACCAGGAAAACCAGGGCCACCUGGUCCCCAAGGGUACCCAGGAAUUGGAAAACCUGGGAUGCCUGGAGUACCAGGAAAACCUGGAGGACCUGGAUUACCAGGACCAAAAGGUGAACUUGGUCCUGGCGGUGGUGAAGGACCAUCUGGAAUUCCUGGACCUCCAGGGCUCCCAGGUCCACCCGGACUCCCUGGAAUUUCCAAAGCAGGUGGUCAGGGGCUACCAGGGCUGCCAGGGCCUUCAGGGGAACCUGGCCAAAAAGGUCUACAUGGGCCUCCUGGUCCUCAAGGGCCUAAAGGAGAAAAAGGACUUGGUCUACCUGGUUUACCCGGACUAAAAGGACCAAGUGGACCACCUGGUCCACCUGGACAGGCAGGGAUUCCUGGAAUUGGUAAACCUGGCCUAAAUGGGUUUCCUGGACAGCCAGGGAUACCCGGAAAACCUGGUCCCCCUGGAGAACCAGGACCAGCAGGGCCACAAGGUGAAAGGGGCCAACCAGGACCACCGGGCCUGCUCGGAAUUGGAAAACCAGGAAAAGAUGGCCUCAGAGGACAACCAGGGGUUCCGGGAGGAAAAGGGGAACCAGGUCCUCCAGGUUUGCCAGGAGGACCAGGAAUGCCAGGUUAUGGUAAAUCAGGUUUUCCAGGACCUAAAGGUCACAAGGGACACGCUGGUCUUCCUGGACCUCCAGGACCAAAGGGUGACAAAGGUCAUGGGGGUCUUCCAGGGGUCAUUGGUUCUACUGGUCCCAGUGGAAUGCCUGGUCCACCAGGUCCAAUAGGACCUCCUGGUAGUAUUGGAUUUCCAGGGCCAAAGGGGGAGAAUGGUGCUGGAGGGCUCAAAGGAAAUCCUGGAUUGAAGGGUGAUUUAGGGCCCCCAGGCCUACCAGGACAGCCAGGUUUGUUAGGUCAGAGUGGAGAACCAGGACCAAGGGGUUUACAAGGGCCAACUGGCCCUAAAGGAGAACCUGGUCAUAGGGGUCUGCCUGGUGCCCCUGGUGGUACAGGAGUGCCUGGGCCACGGGGUGAAAGUGGACAACCUGGAGAGAUGGGCCACCAGGGACCACAGGGGAUUCCAGGUCUUACAGGACCAGGGGGGCCAAUUGGGCCUCCUGGGAUGCCUGGGCCAAAAGGUGAGACCGGCCUACAUGGUAAACCUGGAUAUCCUGGUGAAGGAAAGCCAGGACCCCCUGGUCAUAUUGGUCCUCAGGGUAAUCCUGGUCCCAGUGGCCCCCCUGGACUUCCUGGACAACCAGGACAACCUGGACCCCCUGGUCCUCCAGGAGUGCCAGCUGUAUCUCCUGACCUCGGACAGAUCCUCCCUGUGACUGGCCCAUACAGCGGCCAUGGCUACAAAAAACCAAAGAACGGAGCAGAACUCAGUGGAGGUGGUCUGGAGAUGCCUGCCUUCACAGCCAAGCUCACAAAUCCAUUCCCUCCUGUCGGAUCUCCCGUCAUCUUUGAUAAACUUCUUCACAAUGGAAAUCAGGACUACAAUCCCCAAAGGGGUCUUUUUACCUGCAGUGUACCAGGGAUCUACUAUUUUGCUUAUCACGUCCACUGCAAAGGUGGGAAUGUGUGGGUCGCCCUCAUGAAGAACAAUGAGCCUGUAAUGUACACGUACGAUGAGUACAAAAAGGGCUUACUGGAUCAGGCGUCUGGGAGUGCUGUUCUGCCCUUACGACAGGGAGACACUGUGCACAUACAGCUGCCAUCUGACCAGGCAGCUGGACUUUAUGCUGGUCAGUAUGUGCACUCAACAUUUUCUGGGCACUUAUUGUACCCAAUGUAAGAAAUGUGUAUAAAGGACAUAAUAAAGACAGAUUGAUGGUAGUUUGACUAUGAAGAUGACGAUGAAACUACUUUGGACUCAAGAUAACAUGUGGGUGAGGUUGAAUUGGUUUUUUAGGGUGGAAUAAUAUAAUUUUAUAGAAACAAUGUACUUCAUUGAAUUAUUCUUUACAUUAUAUGCAUCAUCUGAUAUUUAGAUAAUUGAAUGAAGUUUCUAAGCCACCAUGUUAACAUAAAAUGUCUGGUUAGUAGCUGCAUUAUGAUGAAUGAGGAUGUUUCUUGUGGGGGCUCAGUAUGGUGGAAAGCAGAAGUCAAAAUGACUACUGAAUAUCUUGGUAGUCAUUACUAUUUUGUUUACAUUGUGCAAUUAUUAUUAUUUUUUUAUAACAUUUACAUUUGUGUCCAAGGUACAGCUGAAAUCCUUUUUGGCUUCAUAGAAUUAUGUUCACAUUUUAUUCAGAUUAAAUGUCAGGAUAUCUGUGUUGAAUAAAGACAGUUUUGCUUUACACUUAUAUUGUACUGGUCACAUAAGAACCUAUUGGUACCACACAUUUACUCACAUUUAUCAUAACAUACAGUUGACUUAUAUCAUUGUGUUUUCAUAGGGUUCAUCAUACAGUAACAGUUAUUAAGUUAUUGAAACUGUUUUUUUACUGUAUUUUGAAAAUGCAGUUUUUGUCACGGUACAAAAUUGUUUACACCUUCAUCUGACAGCAAAUAAACACUUGGAUUAAAACUGUAUCUGAACGUAGACUUUGUUCCCCUUCAUUUCAUAUCUCAGUCUAUUGGAUAAUCAUGUUACUCACAACACUGCAGAUGAACUCCGGAGUCAAUACUUACCAUUUAUUUGAUCCUAUGAGUUUAUAAAUUGUAUUGUUUACUGAGGAUUUAGGCCUUUUAUCGGUAUUCCUUGUAAUUUAUUUGCUUGACUACUGAUUCUUGGAUUUGUGUUAAAUUUUGUGUUGAACAAUAAAUGAAUAAAAGACACGCUGUGGUAAAAUAAAAAUAAAAAAUCACAAAGUUUAACAAUGUGUACAUUUUCAUACCCAGUCAUUCCAGCAAAUAACUAAUUUUUCUUUUCAGUUCAUAUCUUACUUUACUAUUUCUUUCUUAAUUUUUGUCUUGGCAUUGGGUUGCCAUUUGAUUUAAUGUUUUCACUUUUUCUUUUAUUUUGGACAAUAGCGCACAGUGUAACCAAUGAGAUGCCUGUGUGAAUUUGGAUCUCUGUUUUUAUUAUUGAAUUCCAAUAAAGAUAUAUAAACAUA